GCGUUUGCACAUUAUCAUGAAAAUGUCAAAUCAAAUGCAAACUGAAAAAGUGAAAGAUUAAUCAACAUUUUUGAUCCAAGUUUUUUUUUUCUUCGAAAGAGUUCUUCACCGUGUUUAGUGUCGAUCAUUAAUAAGUGCCUUGUCAGACAUUGUAUUUGUAUUUGCAAUGUCGAACGAAAUCGAAACAAUUGACCUCGACGAAGAGCUCGACUACGAGUUGGAUAUGGAUAUGGAUCAACGGCAUGAAGAUGCCUUAUUGAAUGAAGAGGAGUGUGAUGACGAAGAACAUGAAAACGACCUUGUCACAAAGAUGUCCAUGACAUCUGUUUCAUCAGUUGAACCGGUAGCAAUAGUUACACCAACUGAGCCGUUACCGACACCGUGUUACUCAAACGUAAAUGAUUUCUGGGGCAAAUCGAUUUCAACUUUUUCGAACGUAUUGCAAUCAAAUGCAACCGAGCCGACCAAUAAAGCGGUAGAACCGCUAGACACUUCGAAAAAACACAUCGAUUUCAAUCACAUUCAGCAACCCGUAAUUGAAGUGUUUCCGACGGUUGAGCCUCAACAGGUUGUCCUUGAUGACAAACGAGAAAAUGUGGCCGAACCGGAGAAAUUGGAAAUUAAGUUGGAUAUGCGUUCACCGUCGCCGGAUCCAGAAGGACUCAGUCAGUCUGAGGCCACAUCGUCGUCUUCGUCAACAUCGUCGUCAAAGAAAUUCGACUCUAAGAGGAAUAAAAACAAGAGUAAAACGCGCAGAUUCGUAAGUAAAGGCACCGUUCUACACAAAGGGCCUGUACGCUCCAAGAAUCGUAUACCAAGCUUGAUGUCAAUUAAAACUCAGCCUACGCAGCUGGCUUUUCCUCGCACCCGAUUUCCACUUUUAAUUCAGGAACAUCUUCCAACACAAGCGAUCCGCAAGAAAGUACCUUUCAUUAUCAAAGCGCAAGCAAGUGGCAACUCUAUUUCACGAACAGUGACUGUCAACCCUGAAUUCGAAGGGUUCACGUCCGCAACAGCUUCCAAUACCGACCGCAAUGGUAGCACACAAUUGAGUACUGCUGUCAGCAAUUCGUACUUCAACAAUGUCGUGAUAAACAAACGACGAUCGACAACGUCGCUGGAGACGAUUAGUAAGAUUGAUAAGAAAGCAACGGAACCAGCAACUCCGAUGUCAAUUGAUACGGGAGAGAUGAGCGUGGAUGAUAAAAAUUAUCUAAUGGCCAUCGAAGAGCAGAAGAAGAAACGAGAAGAAGUUUUACGACAAAAGGAAUGGAAACGUGAUAUGGAGGGCUGGCAAUUCCUUGACGACUAGUACGAAUUCGGAUAUGAGUAUUCGUGACAAUUCAAAAGUUUGUUGCACCGUUUUAGUUUUAAUAUGAAAUACAAUUAGUCUGCACGAGUGCCUGCAGUUUAUGAUUGAGAGUGAUGAUCACAUCAAGGUACAAUGUUGCCUGUUCUUUAUUUGUCGAACUUGAAUUACAUCAGUUACACUUUACGAUCAUGGAAUAAAUUAUGAACCACAGA